GUCUUUUUUAGUUUUUAAGUACUUAGGUACUAGGUACAUACACAUGCGACUACAUAUCCACACAACGAAUUGGACUCUCCUUUGGCUUCUGAAAUCCUGAAAAAAUGCUAUUCAUUGAUUUCAUUAGCUGAUUAAAUAUGGUACGGGCUAAGAGGUCGGGGGCUGCAGCUAUAAAAUCCCUGCGAAAGCGAACCCGGAACGAUUCCGACGAGCAGGUCGAAAACAGUCCACCUAAACGACGCAACACUCGAACGACGGCUGAACAACGGUUCAACAACGGUGCACACAGUCACCAUUCCGAGUAUGAUUUCCCAUCAGACGAGGACGAGGACGAGGCCAAGGCCCGUCCUGUCGUGAAGGCGAUACCGAACAAGAUAAAACAACCGCCAGCCGCGACAAUACCGAAGAAUGGUAAUAUCGCAACUCCAAAGGCUCGCAGAACAAAUGGACUUGGCACGGCUACACCAUCCAAGACAACGGCCAGUGCCACUGCGCAGACCCCGAGAUGGAAAAGGAAUGACCGUUCCGCAAGAAAGAAGAGUGCUAGAGCACUGAUUGAAAAGGUCGUAGGUGGAGAUGGGAGCGAUGAAGAGGUGGAUGAAGAUAUUGCUAGGGAGAUCUACGAGUCAAGUGAAGACGAAGAGGACGAUGGAGAGGAAGAAGGGGAAACUAUACCCGAUGAAGCUGCAACCCCAUCUGGAAAACGUGCGCGUGGCCGGCCAAGGUUGAACCAGGCGACCAAACAGAACAGGAAGAAGUCACCAACGCCGCCGCGAGACCUCCCUCCACACGAGCUAUACUUCGCGCAGAACCGACCUGGAACUUCGAAAACAUCGGGUAACACCCUUAUCUCCUUGAAGCUUCUGACUCACGAAGAAUACUUCUCGACACUUCGUGAAUACCAAGACCCACAUGACGAAGAUAUUGAGUUCCUCCAGUCGAUACAUGUGGCGUCGUUUCCACAGUGGACAUUUGAGGUCUCACAGGAUUUUAGCGUGUGUCUGUAUGGAUACGGGUCAAAACGAGCAUUGCUUCACAAAUUUGCCAAAUACUUAUACGACAAAUAUUCGGAUCAUACUGCUAAUAAGAUUGUCGUCAUCAACGGAUAUGUACGAACUAGCUCUCUAAGGGAGGUCCUCAGCACCAUCGCGAGUGCGGUCAACCCUUCUCACAAGAUGCCAGCUGGUAACCCCGUAGCUAUGCUGGAUAGUGUGAAGGCGCUGUUGUCAUCUCACGAGGUUACCGUCACAGUAAUUAUGAAUUCUAUUGACGCCGUGCCCUUGCGAAAGGGCGGAAUACAAGCCGUUCUCGCCCAAUUGGCAGCACAUCCGAACAUCCGACUCGUCUGCUCGGCCGACACCCCGGACUUCUCUCUGCUUUGGGAUAGCAGUUUGCGGUCAUCCUUCAACUUCGUUUUUCACGAUUGCACGACGUUCGCCCCCUUCACAGCCGAACUCGAAGUCGUGGAUGACGUGCACGAGCUGUUGGGACGCAAGGCCAGACGGCUCGGUGGCAAAGAGGGUGUGACGUACGUACUUCGCAGUUUGCCAGAGAACGCUAAGAAUUUGUUCCGUCUGCUUGUGGGCGAAGUGCUAGCGGCGAUGGACGAAAACGGAGGCGCUUCGGACGAGGAAAACCCCGGAGUUGAGUACCGGAUGUUGUAUAACAAAGCGGUGGAGGAAUUCAUCUGCAGUUCGGAGAUGGCUUUCCGAACGUUGCUGAAGGAAUUCCAUGAUCAUCAAAUGAUCACAAGCCGGAAAGAUGUUAUGGGUACUGAACUACUGAGCGUACCCUUCCAAAAGGAAGAGCUCGAGGGCAUAUUAGAGGAUCUCAUGUCAUAAAAGGGGGCGUGCAUAUAAAAAAUUCAUCAUCAUCACAAAGCGUAGGUAGGCAUACCGGAUAGACAAGGGGACCGGACAGGUACAUGGUUCACCAUAUAAUAAUGCAUGCAUGAGAUACCCUUGCAAUAAUUCAAUUGUUUGUAUUCUCGUUUCUAGGUGCACCAACGACCGUAUUGUCUUUUUC